AAUGACAUAGCAGACGUUCCCAGUGGAAGCUCAAAGAAUGACAAGAAGGGGAAAGGGAAAGGAGACACGGUGAAGGCCAACGUCACACCGCAGGCCAGCUCGGACAUGGCCCAGAGCUCCAACUCGGCUCACAAUAACAACGCAGAAAACAAAAAGGAUACUGCACUCGUGCCUAAUGUCAGCAUUGAGGACUUAAAACUAAUGAAGACGUACCUUAAAUUGAUUAAAAAGCAACAGAAGGAGCUCAACACUUUAAAGAAGAAGCAGGCAAAGGAUCAAAGUGCAAUGCAGAAAGCCCACUGCACCCAGGUGGACAAGAUGGUGUCACAGAAUGAGAAGGAGAAGACCUCCCUGGAGAAACUACUAGAGAAAGCCAUUAAAAAACGAGGGGAAAACAACUGCCAAGAGCUGAAGAAGGAGACGGAGGAUAAGAUCCAAACACUGACCGCUGAUCACAAAAUCAAGGUAAAGGACAUCACAGCACAGCAUACUAAAGAGUGGUCCGAGCUGAUCAGCAGCCACAGCAGCGAGGAGCAGGGGAUGAAGGACGGCCACGUCACACAGCAGUGCGAACACCUCAAGAAACUCCUGACCACCGUGCAGGAGCAGCAGACCGUGCAGCUCAAACUCAUCCACGAACGGCAGGGCAAAGAGAUGCGUGCCAACCAGGCCAAGAUGUCCAUGGAAAACAGUAAAGCCAUCAGCCAGGACAAGUCCAUCAAAAACAAGGCAGAGAGAGAGAGGAGAGUGCGAGAGUUAAACAGCAGCAACACCAAGAAGUUCCUGGAUGAGAGGAAGAGGCUGGCCAUGAAGCUACAGAAAGAGAUGGAGCAGCUACAGAAAAACCAGAGAGAACAGUUGGAGAAACUGGAGAAGUUCAAUGAGCAGGUACAACAAGUUACAGAGCCCACAGGCAGAGUGUAAAUAACAUUGGAGGCUGGGGACUAGCGCAGUUACCUGGCUGAUUUCUUCACUAUAUGAUGGAGGCACUUUCUGUCUUCUGUGAUGUAACCCUAAUAGGUUUUUGUAGGACGUUUUCCAUAUGACUGGCCUCAGAAAUUUCCCAGACUACCGAGAAAGAACAAUGUUGCUCUCAAAGAAUAAAUAGUCAACUUUCAAGUCUCAAAGUCUCAACACACAAUAUUAUUCCUACAUUGAGAGUUUAUUCUGUACAACACUUGACUGCACCGUGUCCAUCUUCCAUACAUGCAGAUAGAAAAAAGCAACAUUAUGUAGGAAUUGGUAUUUUUGAUUAAUUGGAGUGCAAGUCAUGUACACUUGCGUAUACACAUGCAUUUGUUAUGAUCAAAAAGUUGUUAUGAUAACAUUAGUAAUGAUCAAACCUAGCGAUCCAAAGCUCCUGUGCUAAACUAACCAAUGCUCAGAGUUCCCAGUCCUGGCAACACGACUAACUGAGCUAACGGCUAGCUUAACAGGAGUUAGCUGUUAGCAUCACUUAAGCAACAAGUUAAGCUAUCAUUUGUUAUAAAAAUAAAGCAAGGCAGGGCAGACAGAGGACAACAGGACCAGUCAAUCAAAUAGGAUCCAGUCUUUCCAACAUCAACUAGGUCAGGGGUUCC